AUGGCGGCCUUUGACGCGGGAGAAGGGGGGACGGGAUUGUCGAAGCACAUCAGGGCUUUGGGCAUCAGCGAGACUUACGACCUGGCCGGCUUCGGAGAGGCGCAGACGAAAGAUCUUGUACGGGACGCGUUUACUCAGCCCAUUCAGGCCACGGAGCCCCUUCGGUUCACUUUCCUCAUCGGAGGGGGCAAGACACAAAAUCGCCAAAAGUAUGACAGCGAUCUCGGGCGGUACCUCUCGGCCGCACUCAGAGAGAUAGGAUUCCGUGAGGAUCGUGCAGCGACGGCCCUGAUGGAGUGCCAGGGGUCAUACAAGAGCCAACACGACACGCACAAGGGGAUACGCACGGUGCAGGUGUUCCCCAAGAUCGACCUUGUCGAGGAGAAAGGGGAGAACGGCGCUGGUCAGGGACGGAGCCUCAUCACCAACCCGUCGUCGCCGGAGUACAUGGCCGCCGUCUGUACGUUCGAUACGUUUCAAGAAAUGGUGCAAGAAAAGGUCUGUUCCUGGAACCAGAAGAGGCGUCUCCUCCGACAUCUUGGGUCCUUUGUCGCAAGAUAUAAAGAGGCGGAGCAAAAGCUGAUGAAGAUGGAAGGUCUUUCGGACGAGGAACAGGAGAUCUACGACAGCAUUGACCCGGAUGGCGUGGAGGAGAAGACCGUGUGGCUUACUUCCCUGGUGAAGGCGAUGGUGGAGAACGGACAGCUUACCGCGGCCGAGCGCGAGCAAGUUUUAUCGCAGAUUCAAACGAAGCUCGAGAACUGUUCCGUCGAGCAGGAGGCUGCCACCCUCAAAGAGAACGAGGUCAAGCUGGCCAGGAUACACAAGCAGGCGGAGCAGCUCAUGAAGAGGCGGAGUAUGGUCAACGGCCACGCGCCCGUGUCGCACAAGGUCAAGCAUCAGGACGAGCUACGCGGCAUCACGGCCAAGCUGAUCAAGAUAGAAAAACUAGAGAAUACGCGCGGAAGGCUGCUGACGAUAGACGAGGUGAAGCAGGUGGGUCUCAAGGAGGAGCUCCUGGAGCGGGCGACCGUUCUGGAGAACGACUCUCGCGGCUGGUUCGAGGAGGACGAGGAGCUCGAGGCCCGCCUGGCGGAAGUCAGAAAGCAAGGCCAGCGCAUGGCGGCGAAGAAAGCGGCGGGGGGUGGCAAAGGCGGCAAGUCGGGAGGCGGUGCCAGCGCGGGGAGGGGGCGCGGCGGCGGGGGGAUGGCGAUGGACUCGGAUGGAUGGAACAAGGUCAAAAGGUAACGCCUGCGGCACGAGCAAACACCUCAUCGGUCUUCAGCCUCGGCAGCAGAAAGGAAGGAAGGAAGGAAGGAAGGAAGGAAGGGGCUACGGCGGAGGAUCAAGGCCAUCACCAAAGAAGAAAGCGUCAUCAUUGGCCAAGGCGAAAACUCGAGUCGUCUCGAAAAAUCUGGCGUGUUUGUGUAUUCAGUAGCUUGAAGAAGCAGCUAGUCUUCGUCUCGCGUGAUGUGCCUGUGGUGGGCUGUGCGUGGAUGUGAGAUGGUCCAGCGCAUCUCGCCAUUGAUCCAGGAUGGGGUCACCCUACAGCAGCGCCGCGAGGCAUUCGAAGCACGCGUUCUAGAGCAUAUUCUGCCGCGGUGACGUCUUGUCCGCUGUGUGACCCACUCCACAUACAAGCGGCUCGUGUCUGGGGCGGGGCGGGUCGUGUGGGCUGCUUGCGGUCACCU